GGCUGCGCUAGCAGAAGGAUUUCAAUAUUGACGUGCAUUUAUUUGACGCUCUCUCGCGACUGGCGUUUAUUCGGUGACGGAGAAUCGCGCUUCCCGAGAGAGAGAGACGCUCAUUUCGGCGACGUCCCAGCCGACGAGGAACACGAUGUCGGACGCGAUGGACGAACGAGUUACUGAUGAGAUUGAAGCAUUGAAAGCAAUUCUACUGGACAAUGAGCUCAACAUUAAGGAAAAUGAUAGAGGAGAACCAGAGUGUAUCGAGACGAUAUUGUUCCCAUCAACUGGUGAGGAUUCACAAUCGCAAUAUGUUUGCGUUACUUUGAUCGUACGAUUACCCUCGGGCUAUCCGGAUGUUUCGCCGGCUAUCAAUCUGAGAAAUCCAAGAGGACUGGAUGAGGAUACGGUGAAGCUAAUGCAAUCUGACGCAGAGGCCAAGUGCAAAGACUUCAUAGGUCAGCCAGUCAUGUUCGAGUUGAUUGAGUUAAUACGAGAACACUUGACGAGGAGCAAUCUUCCCACCGAUCAGUGCGCAGUCUGCUUAUAUGGUUUCCGAGAAGGAGAUGAAUUUACGAAAACGGAAUGCUACCAUUACUUUCAUUCGCACUGUCUGGCAGCGCACGUCGCUGCCGCAGAGAGAUAUUACAGGGAGGAGCAGGAGAAGUUACCACAGUGGCAGCAGGAUACCACGAACAAGUUUCAAGCUAUAUGCCCAGUUUGCCGAGAAUCGAUCAACUGCGACGUCGAGAGUUUAUGGUCAGCCCCGCCGCCGAUCGACGUCGAAGCCGCCACCGACUUUUCUGUCACCGCCGAGCUAAAGGAACUUCAGAAACAGAUGGCUGCUCUGUACCUGCGGCAGCAGCAACGGGGUGGUAUAAUCGAUCUGGAGGCCGAGGGCGUCAAGAUGCUGGUAAGGACGGAGGACGAUCCAGCCGCCGCAACGGAAGAAGUUAGCCCGCCUGGCACCAGCUUGAACGCGUAUUCGAAUACCAACACUGUGCAAUCGGUUACUCAGGUGCACUCGAAGCAGUCGACGCACCAGCAGGCCCAAAAUAAUCACAACUCUCAGUACCAGCCCCGCCAGAUGCAGCAUAAUCACAACGCUAAUCACGGCCACAACAAUCACAAUCACGGCCACAACAAUCAUAAUCACGGCCACCGGCACCGGGGUCGCGGUCGGGCCCACUACCGGCGUCACUUUGACAGAGUUAGACAGACGGAAUCUACUCCCAGAUGACAAUGGGCUGGUGUCAAGGUCGCCGCUGAUCGAGUCUGGUCUGAUCCCCUCUUCGAUCUUUCGCUAAGUCUAUACAAUAUUCUGAUUAGUAGCAUUAGUAGCAUAAUACGCGUCAGUGUAAUAUACGGCGGUUGUCUACCCUUGAGUAGUCUCACCGCGAUGAUAAACUUAUAGGUGUUGUUGUUCGACGACAGCAUCCCCAUCGUUGUCGGGGGAUGCGUCGCGACCCUCCGUCUGGACUGUCUACGUAGAUCGAAGCCGUGGUGCUCUUUCUUCCGCGAACGAUCCGCGAUCGUACAAAGUAGUUGAUAUCGUUUCGCCUUAGUUCCUCUUACUUCUUCUCUUUCUUUGUUCUUUAGUUCACGCGGGAUCUCGUGACAUUCGAGAGUCUAUCGAGUUUAUUCUCGUCUUCUUUAAAACAAUGUUAACUGAGGGAUGUUUGGAAUAUUAAACAGAAUUGCUGCAGGAUGUUUAUUACAUUUUAUUUGUACUAUUUUUGUUUUAUUAUUGUUAUGUGUUUAAACACUUCCUAAUACAGAGAAAUAUUUUAUAAUUCAAAACGCGUGCUUUUUAUAUACUCGAUCACGAAUUUUUAGACAUCCUGUAUAUGUGAAAAGGAACACUUGCAUAUAUACCUUGAUGAGUAAAACUAUUGUAUUCUACUAUAAUUGUAUCGGAUCACGAGUUUCUAAAGAAAUACAGGGUAGAUUCUUGAAGCAAUUUAACUUGUCAAGGGAAUAGAAAUGGAAAUGGAUGUUAAAGCAACAUUGCAAGCAUACCUUUGCAAGACGAGAAGAACCGAUGGUUUAAAUGUCAUACGCUAACUUAAUUAUAUUCACUGCCGCGAGUACGAGAAGAUUAUUCAAUUUCAUUCGCGAUGAUUAUCUUUUUUUGAUUUUGUCGUCUUUCCGAUUAUACCUGCAAACGAAGAUUCAAAGCCGGAUAAUUACAUAUAACGUUACAUUUAUUAGGAAAAUACACUUAUUAGAGAGGUGCUUACUUUUAUACAGGAUAUAUUUUAACACGAUAUAUUUUAAGUAUGGAUUCUCUUUUGUUUAAUGACUUAAUUUUUCUUGAUAAAAGUUGACAGAAAAAUGAUUUAUUUAUAUUUUGAAGCGAAGACAGAAGCUCGAGGUAAUAAUUAUCGAAAUAUUGAUGAGUAGAUAAAAUAUGUGUUUCUGCAAAUUAACUUUAGAAACUUACAACAACAAAUUUUCUUAUGCUCUCUCUUUUCAAUAUUGAAACAUUUAAUUAAACAAUUAAAACAUUUUCAAAUUUGUCAAACAAUCUGCACGUAAAAUAUUGAUUGUUUAAUUUAAGACGAUCUCUGUAUAAAUGUCAGUUUCUAUCUAACUUCUUCCCAUUUUUUAAAUUUAAAUGAAUCCAACCAGACGACAAUUUUGAAAAAACAUAAUAAUGCGAGAAAUAAUAUUUAAUGCGACAGUGUGUUACGAAAAAAUUAAGCAAUCAAAAAAUUGCACGGAAACAAAGAUAUUUUAUACAUUAAUAUGAAUCUAACAUAAUCAAAAUUAACGGAUACCAUUUAUUACGCUUAAUGUAUGAUAUAUUGUAAAUUGUAAAUUGGUAUAACUUCGGUGAGUCUGCAUUUAAAAAUGUAGAACUCGGCGAAAUUGUAUCAAUUUAAAAUUUUCCUGUUUGACAGAUGCAAUUACAAUCGUUGAAAGUGUAUAUAGAGUGUUCUAAAAGUCGCAUUAUUAUAGCAGUGUUUGUCUUUUAUAGAUUUAGAAAGAUUAACUUUUUCUGCAAGUUGUGCAACUGAGGUCUCUUAUCGAAAUGAUUUAAGUUCGAAUAUUUUUUCCUUGUUUAUUGGUAUUUGAAAUAUAUUAAACAGGCUGUAUACUCCCCGGGAAAACCUUGAAAACCUGAUUUCUCAGGGAAUUUUGUUCUACCUUGAACAAUUAGAGAACUUUCUCAUAGAAUUUAAUUCACGGAAUUAAAAAAAAAUUGCUUCUUUGAUAAUCUUAUUCUUAUUUAGCAUACCGCUCAAGAAAUAUAUAUUUAAUAUAUCUUU